UGAAAAUAUUACUAAUUGCAGUUUUCUCUCAAUUAUGUUCACUUUCGCUGCCUUUUGCUAUAUGCUUUCCCUUGUCCUCUGUGCUUCUCUGAUCUUCUUCGCGAUCUGGCAUAUAACAGCCUUUGAUGAGCUUCAGGCAGACUUCAAGGUGCCGAUCGAUCAGGGCAAUCCACUUCACGCGCGUGAAAGGCUUCGGAACAUUGAGAGGAUCUGCUGCCUUCUACGAAAGUUGGUGCUUCCAGAGUACUCCAUCCAUGGACUCUUCUGUAUCAUGUUCCUGUGCGCCCAGGAGUGGCUUACAGUUGGCCUAAAUAUUCCUCUGCUCUUCUACAACACAUGGAGCAGGUACUUCCACAGCCCCACUGACACUAAAGAGCUUCUCUAUGACCCAGCGUCCGUCAUGAACGGAGACACGCUGAAAUUCUGCCAAAAAGAAGCCUGGUGCAAGAUGUCCUUCUUCGUCCUCUCAUUCUUCUACUAUCUCUACUGUAUGAUCUACUCCUUGGUGACCUCAUAACGGAGUUGUCAGCCUUGAAUAAGUCCUCCAAUCAUAAGACACUGUUUUCAAAAGCACUUAACUAAGUUUGGAUGGAACAAGAGCACCAAUUCAAUUUAUAUUUGUCACCUGGAGAAACUCUGCAGUGUCUGGACUGAACAGACUUUACCCUAACUUCCAAGAAUACAAGAACCCUGUGUUGUUUACAAUUCGGACUCAAUUUCCUAGAUGUCUCACGGACUGGUGUGACACGGUUUCACAAGCUCACAGUAACGUUUGCACCGAUUGUCUCAGGCUUAGCACAGAAAAUCAUUUACCACUUUGAGGCACGAAACCUGCCAAACUUUACUCUCACUAAAUGUAGCUCAAAAUUCAUGAUGUGUUUGAAAAAAACGAAAGGAAAUGAUGACUAACUUGAAAAGUGAAUGUUGCAUUUCUAUCAGUCACACACUUGGUUCAAAAACGUGUGAAAAGCUUUUGUGAUAUGUAUUUUAUGUGUAUUUGUGCACUCCUAACAUACACAUUUUUAAUAUGAAGUAUGUAUCUGUUGCAUUACUUGUGUACAUAGAGAAAUUUGUGCAAUGUGUUGGUGUCACUUGGUUGAAAUGUUUUUGGACUUUAUAUUUACAAAUGCUGAUAUUGAGGCUUUAUUAUAGAAAAAAAGCCACUUUUCCACAAUUUUGCACAAAAGUUGUUAUGAGUCUGCACAAUAGAUACAGUUAUUGGUUGUGGUGGGGGGGGUAAUCAUAUUUAUAUCCCCAGUACGAGUCUUCCAAUAUAUUAGUGUAUCAAACUGUCAUAGAUUUUUCAAUAUAGGGGAAAAAAAAAAAACAAUUUGGUCUCUCAUUUUGUUCGAUCGUUAUUAUGUUAACUACUUAUAAACAAAGGUCAGCAAUACUGAAAGAAGAAAAAAAAAUGAUAUUUAAGGAUAUCAUAGUUCAAAUUAGACUGAAUUGCUUUUCUUACUUUUUGCUUCCAGCACAUAGUAAUUAAGAAUUCAUCAGAAUCAGAGUAACCACAUGAAGCAUAUACAAGCUUAAACCCCACAAGACAUCUAUGUGAUGCUUCUGUUGAGCUCUGUUUCUAAUGCAGAGUACUUAAAACAUCAGUAGACAUACGUCAUAAUUGUCAUUGCUGGUGUAGGGGAUAAUAAUAGCAGUCUUCAGCAGAAAUGUUUUCUGAUGCUGUCAUGUAGCCUGCUGUUUUCUGUAUGCCUUAUGUAGUUACAUAUAUGAUGACCAAACAUUUUAUAUCCUUAUUGUGUACAUGU